AUGCCUAUGGGUUUGAAAUCGGAAGAGAAACUGCCGGCGCACGUGGUGAUAUUCCCAUUCCCCGCGCAGGGGCACAUGAAUUGCAUGCUCAAUCUUGCUCAUCUCCUCUGUUUAUCCGACUUCCACGUCACCUUCAUCGUCUCGGAGUUCAGCCACCGCCUCCUAACCAAGAAUACCUCCGUCCCCGCCACUUUCGGCGUCUAUCCCGGCUUCCAGUUCCGGGCUAUCCCCGAUGGCCUCCCAGACGAUCACCCCCGCUUUGGUGACAAACUCGGCGAUGUGGUCCCCUCCGUUACAAACAACAUGGUUCCAUUUUUCAAGAAAAUGAUGGCCGAUGAAGACCUCCUCGCUUCCCCUCACCGGAGGCCGGUCACGUGCUUUGUUGCCGACGGAUUUUUCAGUUUCGCCACUGACUUUGCGGAGGAGAACGGCAUUCCCUUGGUCUAUUUCCGACCAACCAGCGCCUCCUACUUCUGGGCAAUGGUCUCAUUCAUUCAAACUCAAAAUAUUCCAUUUCAAGGUAAUCUAAUUAAUUUUCCCUCUACUUUAAUGCACACAUUUUCUCAUUUUCAUCCGGUUAUUAUUAACCGAUUCAUUUCAUUUUCACGAACUAAACAUCAUAUUCCAGUAACUCAUUCCACUCACAAUUAAUAAAAAUUAAUAUAAAAAAAAUAACUCACAUUCCUCUUGCAUCGAUUAUAAAUAAGACAAGUAAUAGGAAUCAGACGCAAUACUUAAUUAUUCAUAAUUUGUUAUGGAUUUCAAUGCUAUAUCAUUUAGGUUGCUUUUAGAGUGUGAAGUUUCCAUAUGUCCCACUCUAAGUGGAACACUCUUUGUUCAACAAA